AUGUUUUUCGAUUGGUCAGUAUGUAAAAAGUUACCGAACGAGACGCGGCUUAUAGCCGAAGACACAACGGUCUCUCUUUCAAAAGCAGGGUUCACCAGACACGAUUGUAGUUGUAAAACCAUUGAGCGACCUUCCUGUUUGCAGACUGCUAGUGCUGAGGAGAAGAACUCACAAUGGAACUCAACAGUUGAUUUUUUGAAAAUGAAAAAUAUAUUAAUUCAUCAGGAAAAUAUAUUUAAUGCUUUAAAUGUUUUAUUUCAAUCGAGAAUGCAAGAAAGCGGUAUAAAAAUAAAUCAAGAGGCUCAAAAUAUAUACGAUACAUUGAAUCAGAAAAUAUUUACUUCUAAGAAAAAAAUCAAUGAUGAACUAAAAGAAAUCUUAAGAUCCAAUUUUCUAAUUGCCAAUACUGACAGGUCGGAAUGUUACAAAAUAAAAAUUAAAACUUCUAAAGACAGUUUCAAUAAAUCAGAAAAUUGUCGCACUUGUUUAUUUAAUAUUACCUCCAACUUUACAAUAGAAGUGAAUAAAUUGAAAGAAAAAUUUCUUCUUUUUAAACAAAAUGUAACACUAAUGAAAAAAGAGACAGAAAAUUGUGUUGAAAAUAACAUUAAUCAAACACUAAAAUCAGAAGAAAUUCAAUGCAUCGAAAAGAAUUAA